UUUAGUCUUUCGGAUCGGGACUGCAAAGGUUGGGCGGGUGGCUGUGGUGUGCGGGCUUCGGGGACAGCUGGCCAAACCGAUGGACCACCCCCCCACCCCGGGCCCACCCACAGCCGCGGUGCUUCGCUUCCGGCCUCUGGGUGUUCAAGCGCCGACCCCGACCCGCGCGGUGGGUGGCUCGGCGCGAAGCUGAGGCCCGGGGAGGGUCGGCGACCUGGCCAGGUUCGCUCAGGAAGCGGGGUUCGUGCCCGCACCUGGCCGUUCGAGGGAGCAGUGUUUGAAGUGAGGACCUUGCUGUGGGAGAGGCUCCCCUGAGCGCCUGGGGCCGCCGCCACCCACCGACCAUGUUCCUGUCGAGUCUGACUUCUCAGCUGCUCAGGGUCGUUCCCCGGGCAGGCCUCAGCCGGCCCCGGCCUGUCUCAGCGCUGCUGGGCAGCCAUGUCUGCAGGCCCCGCUACAGCACGCAGCCAACAGGCCCGAGUCCGGCUGCCGUUCUUCCCAGCAAGGGUGUCCAGCUGGAGCUUGAGGAGAUGCUGGUCCCCAGAAAGAUGUCCAUCAGCCCCCUGGAGAGCUGGCUGACUGCCCACUACCUCCUGCCCAGACCGGGCGCUGGGGCCCCAGGGACCGUGGCUCCUGCCCAGCUUUAUGAGUGUCCACCUGGCCAGGUGGGGGAAGGGGCCGAGCAGGGGGACGAGGGCGUGCGGGAUGCCCCCGGCGUGCAGUGCAAGAACGUGCUGAAGAUUCGCCGGCGGAAGAUGAACCACCACAAGUACCGCAAGCUGGUCAAGCGGACCCGGUUCCUGCGCCGGAAGGUCCGGGAAGGACGCCUGAAGCGGAAGCAGCUCAAGUUCGAGAGGGACCUCAGGCGCAUCUGGCUGAAGGCGGGCCUGAAGGAGGCCCCCGCCGGCUGGCAGACCCCGAAGAUCUACCUGAAGGCAAAAUGAGGGCCGAGGGCCUGCAGCCCCUGCCCCUGCCACUGUCUGUCCUAAUAAAUGCUCGCAGAGCUGA